GCCUAUGAUCUGCAGAGUGAUGCUGUUUACAAAUCAGACCUGGAAUGGCUGAGAGGCAUUGGAUGGGUUCCUAUUGGUUCCAUGGAUGUUGAGAAAGCUAAGAAAGCUGGAGAAAUCCUGAGCGAAAGGAAGUAUCGUCAACCACCAGACCAAAUUAAAUUCACUAGUGUGACAGAUUCUUUGCCCAUGGUCUUAGCCAAGCAAAAUGCUGAGAUAAUGAACAAGCGUUUGUACACAGAAGCCUGGGAUGCAGACAAAACGUCAAUUCAUGUCAUGCCCGACACACCGACAAUUUUGUUAGCCAAGGCCAAUGCAGCUAACGUUAGCCAUAAACUUUACGUACAAGCGUGGGAAGAGGCCAAAAAGAAGGGUUAUGACAUGAGAGCUGAUGCAAUUCCAAUCCGAAGUGCAAAGGCAUCAAGAGAUAUUGCGAGUGACUACAAGUACAAAGAAACUCACGAGAAGCAGAAAGGCCACUACAUUGGGUGCCCAUCUGUCAAGGAUGAUCCCAAACUGUCGUGGGCCGCGCGUGCCAUGGCGCUGCAGAAUGACCGGAUUUACAGGAAGGCGUACCACGAUUCCAAGGCCCAGGUGCACAUACCAGUGGAUGCCAUGUCAGUGCAGGCAGCCAAGGAGUGCCAGACACUGGUCAGUGACGUUGACUACCGCCACUACCUUCACCAGUGGACCUGCCUGCCUGACCAGAAUGAUGUGAUCCAUGCAAAGAAGGCCUAUGACUUACAGAGUGAUAACGUGUACAAGUCAGACCUGGAAUGGUUGCGAGGCAUCGGUUGGUUGACAGAAGGUUCUGUGGAUGUGGUGAAAGCAAAGAAAGCCCAGGAGAUCCUGAACGACAGGUUGUACCGCACGCGGCCAGAGGAGCUGAAAUUCACCAGCAUUACUGACGCACCAGAUGUUGUCCAGGCCAAGAUCAAUGCUUUGCAGCUCAGUGAUCGACUGUAUCGUGAAGCCUGGGACAAAGAUAAGACACAGAUUUCCGUACCUUCCGACACUCCUGUGAUGCUGCAGUCCAAAGUCAAUGCUCUCAACAUCAGCAAUAAACAUUAUCAGAAGGCGUGGGACGAGGCCAAGGCCAAAAGCUAUGACAUAAGAGCUGAUGCCAUUUCCAUCAAACACGCCAAGGCUUCCAGAGACAUUGCUAGUGAGUACAAGUACAAAGAAACUCACGAGAAGCAGAAAGGCCACUACAUUGGGUGCCCAUCUGUCAAGGAUGAUCCCAAACUGUCGUGGGCCGCGCGUGCCAUGGCGCUGCAGAAUGACCGGAUUUACAGGAAGGCGUACCAUGAUUCCAAGGCCCAGGUGCACAUACCAGUGGAUGCCAUGUCAGUGCAGGCAGCCAAGGAGUGCCAGACACUGGUCAGUGACGUUGACUACCGCCACUACCUUCACCAGUGGACCUGCCUGCCUGACCAGAAUGAUGUGAUCCAUGCAAAGAAGGCCUAUGACCUUCAGAGUGAUGCUGUCUAUAAGUCAGACCUAGAGUGGCUCCGUGGAAUUGGCUGGUUGCCUAAUGACUCUCCGGAUAUUAAGAGAGUGAAGAAUGCCCAGGAUCUCCUGAGUGAUAAUGUAUAUCGUACACCUAUUGAAAGCCUGAAAUACACCAAUAUUGUUGAUUCUCCAGACAUCCUUCUUGCUAAAGUGAACGCCGAACAAAUCAGCGUUCCAAAAUACAAAGAAGCCUGGGAAAAGGACAAGACGAUGAUCCAUAUUAUGCCAGACACACCUGAAAUCAACCUAGCCAAGGCUAAUGCUGUUAACUAUAGCCAGAAACUAUAUAAAGAAUCUUGGGAUGAGUUGAAGACAAGUUAUGAUUUGAGAGCAGAUGCAAUCCCGAUCAAGGCAGCCAAAGCUUCUAGAGAAAUUGCUAGUGAUUAUAAAUACAAACUGGAUCAUGAGAAGCAGAAAGGACAUUAUGUUGGAGUUCCAAAUGCGAAAGCAGAUACGAAAAUGCAGUUUGCCCUUGGCAUAGGCAAAGUUCAGAGUGAACUAGAAUACAAGAAACACUUUGCCAAAUGGAAGACACAGUGCCACCUACCAGUAGACAUGCUAUCUAUCCUGUCAGCAAAACAUGGUCAGUCUUUGGUCAGUGAUGUUGAUUACCGGCAAUACUUGCGUCAGUGGAUCUGUCUUCCGGAUCAGAAUGAUGUCAUACAGGCCAGGAAAGCCUACGAGCUUCAGAGUGAUGCUAUUUACAAAUCUGAUUUAGAAUGGUUACGGGGAAUUGGAUGGUUGCCAAAUGAUUCAGUUGGAAUCAACCAUGUCAAAUACGCUGGAGAUAUCUUGAAUGAGAGAAAGUACCGUACAAAAGCUGAAACUCUCCCAUUUACUCCAGUGGCGGACAGAGUUGAUUUUAUCACAGCAAGGAAUAGUGGUGAAAUUCGUAGUGAUAUUAAAUACCACAAAGCAUGGAAUGAGGUCAAGUCAAAUUAUACCGUAACAGAUACACCACAGCUCGAUAUGGCCCGAGAGGCAGCCAGAAUUCUUAAUCAGAAUUUAUACAAGGAAAGUUGGGAGAAAGAAAAAGCCACUGGUUACCUCUUACCUCCUGACACUGUGCAGAUCUGUCAUGCCAAACGCUCAAAUGAUGUCCAAAGUGAGCUUAAAUACAAAGCGGAGUAUGUCAAACAAAAAGGUCACUAUGUUGGAGUUCCCAGUAUGAGAGAUGAUCCAAAACUGGUGUGGUUUGAGCACGCAGGCGAGAUCCAGAAUGACAGAUUGUACAAAUCAGACUAUCACAAAACAAAGUCCAAAAUUCACAUCCCUCCAGAUAUGGUGUCAGUUGUAGCAGCAAAGGAAUGCCAGAAUUUGGUCAGUGAAGUUGACUACCGCCAAUACCUGCGCCAAUGGACAUGCCAUCCUGACCAGAAUGACUGUAUUCAGGCAAGGAAGGCCUAUGAUCUGCAAAGUGAUAAUAUUUAUAAAUCUGAUUUGGAAUGGCUUCGUGGCUGUGGCUGGAUUCCUCUGGAUUCAGUGGAACAUAAGAAAGUUAAGAAUGCACAAGAACUGAUAAAUAAGAGAGCAUACACAAAAGAAGCCCUUGAUAACUUCUCCAAUUACACCAGUGUGGUUGACACUCCAGACAUUGUUUUGGCAAAGCUUAACUCUGUCAAUCAGAGUGAUCUCAAAUACAAAGAAACGUUUAACCUUGAGAAAGGCCAGUAUAUUGGGUCUGAUGAUACUCCUGCACUCAACCAUGCCAAAGACAUGUCCUUACUAUACAGUGAUAAACUUUAUAAAAAAGCUUGGGAAAUUAGCAAACCCAUUGGGUAUACUUUGGAUGAGAAAUAUAUUCCACUUGUUGGAGCGAAGCAUGCGAACUACAUAAAUAGUGAGCUUAAAUAUAAAGCAAUAUAUGAGAAGCUGAAAGGCCAUUACUUGGCUGGGAAGGAGGUCGGUGAUUUCCCCAGUGUCAUUCAUUCACUAGCAUUCCAGAAAAUGAGGAGCGCGUUGGCAUACAGAAAGAAUUACGAAGACACCAAAGCAAAUGUCCAUAUUCCAAGUGACAUGAUGAAUCACGUGCUAGCCAAGAAGUGCCAGUAUAUCCUCAGUGAUCUUGAAUACCGAACUUACUUCCACCAGUGGAGUUGUUCACCUGAAGAAAAUGAUGUUAUUCAAGCCAGAAAAGCCCAGGAAAUUUUAAGUGAUGUGGUGUAUAAAGAUGACUUAAAUUGGCUGAAGGGACUCGGAUGUUAUGUCUGGGAUACUCCACAAAUCCUGCAUGCUAAAAAAUCGUAUGACCUCCAGAGCCAAAUAAAAUAUACAGCUGCAGGAAAAGAGAAUCUUCAGAACUUUGGUGUUGUUACUGACACACCUCUCUAUGUGACUGCAGUGCAGAGUGCUUUAAAUGCCAGUGAUGUGAAAUACAAGCAAGAUUACCACAAAACUAAGGACAAGUAUACAACUGUGACUGAAACAGUGGAUUCUGAGAGAGUUCAUCAUUUGAAACAUCUCUUUAGCAAUAAUCUCUACAAGGAAGCCUGGGAAAAAGUGAAAGCUACUGGCUAUAUAUUGCCCUCUGAUUCUGUAUCCCUUGCACGUGCAAAAGAACUGAAGCAUAAUGCCAGUAUUGUAAAAUACAGAGAAGAAUAUGACAAGUUUAAAGCACUGUACACACUACCCAGAGGUGUUGAGGAUGAUCCCAAUACAGCGAGGUGCCUUCGAGUUGGAAAGCUUAAUAUUGAUCGUCUGUACAAGGAAGUCUAUGAAAAGAAUAAAGCCAAAAUCCACAUUAUUCCAGACAUGGUAGACAUCGUUUCUGCUAAGGAUGCACAGAAGAAAGUCAGUGAAAUUGAUUACCGCACACACCUCCACGAAUGGCUCUGCCUACCAGAUCUUCAAGUCAAUGCCCACGUUCGAAAAGUGACUGAUCAGCUCAGUGAUGUGGUGUACAAGGAUGAUCUUAACUGGCUGAAAGGCAUCGGCUGCUUUGUUUGGGACACUCCUGAAAUUCUCCAUGCCAAACAUGCCUACGAUCUUCGCAGUGAUAUUAAGUAUAAAUCUAAGGCAGAAAAAAUGAAGAAUGAAUACACUGUAGUUGUGGACACUCCUGUCUAUGUCCAGAAUGUCCUCAGUGGCUUGAAUUUAAGUGAAGCUGUCUAUCGUGGUGAAUACAUGCACAAUGUUAAAGGCAAAAUGAUUCCCACUGACAAAACAGUAGAUUUGGAGCGGGCAUAUCACGCAAACAAAAUACAGAGUGAAAAUUUGUAUCGUUGGGCUGGUGUGCAAGCUCUGCCUACUGGAUACAGCCUUCCAAAAGAUAUGCCCAGCUUUCAGCACGCCAAACAUGUCCAAUACAUUGGCAGUGAUCUGAAGUACAAAGAAGCCUAUGAACACAUGAAAGCUAAAGGCUAUACUCUGGGACCUGAAGAUGUUGGGUUUGAAAAUGUGAAGAAAGUGAAUAAAGUGGUUAAUGAGAGGUUGUAUCGGGCAACGUACCACAAGUACAAGGACAAGAUUCAUACCACUCCAGACACACCACAAAUCCGACAAGUCAGAGCAACGCAGGAAGCUGUCAGUGAUCUGAUCUACAAGUCAGAUUUCUUUAGGAUGCAGGGACACUUGAUUUCCAUGCCGUACACUCCUGAGGUGUUGCAUUGUCGCUAUGUUGGAGAUAUCACAAGUGAUAAUAAAUACAAAGAGGAUCUGAAGUGGUUGAAGGGCUUGGGUUGCUUCCUGUAUGAUACUCCUGAUAUGGUCCGUGCUCGUCAUCUGCGUAAGCUUUGGUCUAAUUAUAUCUACACUGAUACCGCAAAGAAGAUGUGGCCUAAAUACAAUGUGGUGUUGGAUACUCCUGGAUACAGAGCUGUUCAGGAACUAAAAACUCAUUUGAGUGAACUGGUUUACAGAGCUGCAGGCAACGAGCUGAAGACAAAAUACACUUCCGUCCUUGAUACACCUGACUUCUUAAGAGCCAAGCAAGGACACAAAAUACAGAGCCAGUACUUGUACACGGAACUUGCCACAAAAGAGAGACCCCAUCAUCAUGCUGGUGGUCACACUCCAGCCUUUACACAUGCUAGGCAUGUAAAGGACAUGGUCAGUGAGAAAAAGUAUAAAACCCAGUAUGAGAAGAUGAAGGACAAGUACACACCCAUCCCUGACACACCAGUCCUGAUCAGAGCCAAGAGAGCUUACCUGAAUGCCAGUGAUUUGCGCUACAAAGAAACUUUUGAGAAUGCUAAGGGCAAAUACCACACAGUGAAAGAUGCUUUGGAUAUUGUCUAUCAUCGAAAGGUCACCGAUGACAUUAGCAGUGUGAAAUAUAAGGAAAAUUAUAUGAGCCAGUUAGGAAUCUGGAGAUCCAUCCCAGACCGUCCGGAGCAUUACCAUCAUCGCGCAGUCACAGAUGCUAUUAGUGAUGUUAAAUACAAGGAAGACUUGUCAUGGCUCAGAGGUGUGGGCUGUUAUGCAUGGGAUACUCCAAGUUUUGCUCUGGCAGAAAAGAAUAAGGUGCUCUACAGUGGGUGUAAGUACAAGGAGACAUUUGAGAAGACUAAGUCUCAGUUUAAGUAUGUAGCUGACUCUCCAAUUAAUGAGCAUUUUAAAUAUGCAACUCAGUUGAUGGAUGCGAAAAUGUAUAAAUCCUUUGCCAAGAUGCUUCUGCAACAAGGAUGUAAUGAAAUUCUGAGACCAGAUAUGCUGACAGCACUCUACAACACGUACUUAUGGAGCCAGGUUCAAUACAAAAAGGACUAUGAAAAGAAGAAAGACAAGUACACUGUGGUUGUGGAUACUCCAGAACACUUAAGGACUACAAAAGUCAACAAACAGAUUAGUGAUAUUAUUUACAAGUUGGAAUAUAACAAAGCAAAGCCUAAAGGCUACACUACCAUCCAUGACACACCUAUGUUAUUGCAUGUGCGCAAGGUCAAGGACAGAAUAAGCGACCUGAAAUACAAAGAAUUGUAUGAGAGGAAUAAAUCUAACUGCAACGUCAUAGCAGAUUCAGUUCACAUUAAGACUCCAAGGCAUGCUUACAAGCUAAACAGCAAUCUGGAUUAUAAGAAGAAAUAUGAAGCAGCCAAGGCUCAUUGGCACUGGAUUGCUGAUAGGCCUGACUUUGUUCAAGCAGCCAAGUCAUCUCUGCAACAGAGUGAUUAUGAAUAUAAACUGGACCGGGAAUUCCUAAAGGGAUGCAAACUUUCUGUCACAGACGAUAAAAACACAGUAUUGGCCCUAAAUAAUGCCAUCUUGGCGAGUGAUAUAAAAUACAAAGAGAAGCACAACAAAGCUCGAGGAACGUACCAUGUUGUUCCUGAUACACCUCAGAUCCUCCUGGCUAAGAAUGUCAGCUCUCUUGUAUCUGAGAAUAAAUACAAAGAACAAAGCAAGAAGCAGCUUCCUCAUGGGUCUUUUACAACCUUGCCAGAGACACUAGACACUGCUCAUGUGAAAGAGGUGACCAAGAAUGUCAGUGAGACAAACUAUAAAAAGAAGUUUGUGAAGGAGAAAGGCAAGUCUAAUUAUUCUGUCAUGCUGGAGCCUCCCGAAGUGAAACAUGCCAUGGAAGUUGCUAAAAAACAGAGUACAAUUGAAUACAAGAAAGAUGCCAAGUCAAAGCUCCACUACACACCUAUAGCAGAUCGGCCAGAUAUUAAGAAAGCAACUCAGGCUGCCAAGCUAAUUAGUGAUAUUGAAUAUAAAAAGCGUGGAGAAGCUGGUAUUGGUGUAACCAUGCUGGGACGUCCAGAUAUUGAACUGGCAAAGGAGGUGUCCAAGCUAACUAGCCAGGCAGAAUACCUCAAACGACAUAUGAGAGGGCAUGGAGCUGCAUCUUAUGAUACCCCAUGGAUGAGAACCUUUAAGAAAGCUAAUAUGCUAAGUAGUCAUGUGAAAUACAAGGAGAAUUUUUCCAAAGAGAAGGGUAAAAAGCCAAAGUAUGAUUUAAAGGAGGCUAAAAUCUACAAGACCAUGAAAGAUGCUCACAACAUGGCUAGUGAGGUGAAAUACAAGGCAGACUUAAAGAAACUCCAUAAGCCUGUCACAGACAUGUCUGAGUCGCUGAUCAUGAACCACGUCUUGAGUACCAGCCAGCUCGCCAGUGCUUACCAGUACAAGAAGCAAUAUGAGAAGAGUAAGGGUCACUACCAUGUGGUGCCAGAUAAUCUUGAACAGGUUCAUCUAAGGGAGGCAUCAGAACUCCAGAGCCACGUGAAAUACAAAGAAAAGUAUGAGAAGGAAAAAGGAAAACCUAUGUUGGACUUUGAAACUCCAACAUACCUUACUGCAAAGGAAUCUCAGCUCAUGCAGAGUGAGAAAGAAUAUAAGAAGGACUUUGAAGAGUCCAUUAAGGGCAGAAACCUUACUGGCUUGGAGAUUACACCAACCUUAUUACAUGUCAAAUAUGCAACCAAAAUAGCAAGCGAGAAAGAGUACAAGAAGGAUCUGGAGGAAGGAGUCAAAGGUAAAGGACUAACAGCUUUAGAGGAGACUCCAGACAUGUUAAGAGCAAAGAAUGCAACUCAAAUCCUGAAUGAGAAAGAGUACAAAAAAGCCUUGGAAUUAGAAAUCAGAGGAAAAGGUCUGUCAGAAUUGGCUUUGGAGACACCAGAUUUUGUGAGAGCCAAGAAUGCCACUGACAUUGCCAGCCAGAUCAAAUACAAACAGUUGGCAGAAAUGGAGAAAGCCAACUACACCAGUGUUGUGGAUACUCCAGAGAUUAUUCAUGCCCAGCAGGUCAAGAACCUUUCGAGCCAGAAAAAGUAUAAGGAAGAUGCAGAAAGGACCAUGCCAUACUAUGUGCCUGUAGCAGACACACCAGAAAUGCAGAGAGUCCGUGAGAAUCAAAAGAACUUUAGCACACUUCAGUAUCAGUGGGACCUACAGAACAGUAAAGGAAAAGUUACAGUUGUACAAGACACACCAGAAAUGCUGCGUGUGAAAGAAAACCAGAAGAAUUUCAGCUCGAUUUUAUAUAAAGAAGAUAUUGGAACUGGAACUACUAUUGAAAAGACACCAGAGAUGCAGAGAGUUAAACGAACCCAGGAUGCAAUCAGCUCGAUUAAGUACAAGGAGAGUAUUGGAAAAGGAACUCCAAUUCCUGAUCUUCCAGAAGUGAAGCGUGUCAAGGAGACACAGAAGCACAUCAGUUCGGUGUUGUACAAAGAGGACCUAGGGACAGGUAUCCCAACACCUGUCACUCCAGAAAUGGAGAGAGUCAAACGCAAUCAAGAACACAUUAGCUCGGUGUUAUACAAAGAGGGCUUAGGGACCGGCACCCCAACACCGGUUACUCCUGAGAUGGAGAGAGUCAAACGCAAUCAAGAGAACGUUAGCUCGGUGUUGUACAAAGAGGGGCUGGGGAUUGGAACCCCAGUACCUGUAACUCCCGAGAUGGAGAGGGUCAAACGCAAUCAAGAGAACUUUAGCUCGGUGUUGUACAAAGAGGAUGUGGGGACAGGAACCCCAACCCCUGUCACUCCCGAGAUCGAAAGAGUCAAACGCAAUCAAGAAAACUUUAGCUCGGUGUUGUACAAAGAGGAUGUGGGGACAGGAACCCCAACCCCUGUCACUCCUGAGAUUGAAAGAGUCAAACGCAAUCAAGAAAACUUUAGCUCGGUGUUGUACAAAGAGGAUCUGGGGACAGGAACCCCAACCCCUGUUACUCCUGAGGUUGAGAGAGUCAAACGCAAUCAAGAACACAUUAGCUCGGUGUUGUACAAAGAGAGCGUGGGGACUGGAACCCCCACUCCUGUCACUCCAGAGAUGGAGAGGGUCAAACGCAAUCAAGAAAUCUGUAGCUCGGUGUUGUAUAAAGAAAACAUAGGGAAAGCAACCCCAACCCCUGUCACUCCUGAGAUGGAAAGAGUCAAACGCAAUCAAGAAAUCAUUAGCUCGGUUUUGUACAAAGAAAAUGUGGGGAAAGUGACCCCAACACCAAUCACUCCAGAGAUGGAGAGAGUCAAACGCAAUCAAGAAAUCAUUAGCUCGGUGUUGUACAAAGAAAACUUGGGGAGAGCAACCCCCACUCCUAUCACUCCAGAGAUGGAGAGAGCCAAACGCAAUCAAGAACACAUUAGCUCGGUUGUAUACAAAGAAGGCUUAGGGAAGGCAACCCCCACGCCAGACACUCCAGAGAUGGAGAGAGUCAAACGCAAUCAAGAAAUCAUUAGCUCGGUUCUGUACAAGGAACACCUGGCAAAAGGAACUCCGACACCGAUGACUCCAGAGAUGGAGAGGGCUAAACGCAACCAAGAAAACAUCAGCUCGGUUCUUUAUUCGGAUAGUUUCCGGAAACAGGUACAAGGCAAAGCUGCCUACGUGCUGGAUACACCUGAAAUGCGGCGCGUCCGAGAGACCCAGAAACACAUCUCCACAGUGAAAUACCACGAAGAUUUUGAGAAAACCAAAGGUAGUUUCACACCUGUAGUUACUGACCCCAUCACAGAGCGCGUGAAAAAGAACAUGCAGGACUUCAGCGACAUCAGCUACAGGGGCAUCCAACGGCGAGUGGUGGAAAUGGAGAGGAAGCGCGUGGACCAGGAUCAAGAGAACCUCACAGGUCUCCGUGUGUGGCGGACUAAUGCAGGGUCAGUCUUUGACUACGACCCAGCAGAAGACAACAUUCAGUCCAGAAGCUUACACAUGAUCUCUGUCCAAGCCCAGCGCCGCAGCCGGGAGCACUCCCGCUCUGCCAGCGCCUUGAGCCUCAGCGGGGGGGAUGAAAAAUCCGAACCCUCGGAGGGUGUGGAUCAGCAUUUGUCCUACUACAGCAACGGGGGCUUCUUCACCACAACUGCCACAGUGGGCUACAAACACGCUAAAACCAUCGAGUUACCGCAACAACGCUCGUCCUCAGUUGCCACCCAACAAACAACAGUGUCCUCGGUUCCUUCUCACCCCUCUACUGCUGGUAAGACCUACCGGGCCAUGUACGACUACACAGCAGCUGAUGCCGACGAGGUUUCCUUCAAGGAUGGGGACACGAUUGUGAACGUCCAAGCGAUUGACGAAGGCUGGAUGUACGGGACUGUCCAGAGAACCGGCAAGACGGGGAUGCUGCCCGCCAACUACGUGGAAGCUGUCUAA